AUGCCCAACUCGCUAAACGCGGAGUUUCGCAAGCAGCCGAGCGGAAGUUCCACUUUAGAGGGACUGGAUCAAACUCUUCAGGCUGGUUUAGAAGCAAAGUUCAUUUUAUCCCCCAAAACACCUGAUGGAGAAAUAAGUAACCAGACUGAUCUCAAACAGCAAAUUGAAGUUCAUAUACGACCAGACAAAAAUGUCACACAAGUCACUGUUUGCAACACAGAAAACGGUAGAUUCGAGGUGAAAUUUAUACCCAAAGUACCCAGUGCUUACAGAAUUGAAGUGAAGAUUAAUGGAGAUACACUCGCCAACUCUCCGUUCAUUGUGGCGGUGAAGGAGUGUGAACUUAUCGUGGUCAGUGAGUUGGAUCUGAAGUUAUUAGAAGGAGAACGCGUUUACAUAUUCGAUAAAAAUGGUAAAUGUCUGAGAAAAAUUGGAGCUAAAGGGCAAUUUAAAGACCCAUGUGGCUUGACAUAUUUGAACGAUGACGAGAUUUUGAUUGCAGACACAAAUAACGACAGAAUACAACAAAUUAAUAUCCAGACAGGAACUGUUAUGAAAACCUUAGGGAAAAUAGGUGUAGGAAUAGGAGAGUUUUAUCACCCGACUGAUGUUUUUUUGGAUGUAGAACGUCGCAUGGUUGUAACCGAGAUGUCGAGGAACAGGAUACAGGUGAUGUCACCUGGGGGAGAGACUAUUUCCAUCUUUCGAAACUUCGGCCCAGACAAAUCAAAACACCCAAAGAGCCGCUUGCCUUACAAUAAAAAGUUUUUCGUCUCCGAUAGGGAAAAUCAUUGCAUUAAAGCUUUCGACAAGUCAGGAACAUUCUUACACAAGUUUGGCAAACGAGGCAAUCAAGAUGGACAAUUUAACAACCCGAAUGGUUUGCUUAUAGACAGCUCAAAUAAUCUUCUGGUGUAUGAUCGGUUGAAUAAUCGAGUUCACCAGUUUUCUCUGGACGGUCGCUUCGCUGUCAAAAGUAUCACUGAGUUACCUUAUCCUCUUAGAAUAACAGCAACAUCAGAUGGACGUAUUCUCGUGACUACCACUGACAAGAUUUUCAUAUUAAAGUAG